AUGGCUCACCCCCUUGUGUGGAUGAGGAAGUCUUAUUUCUUUCCAAUUGGUGACUGGCCAUCUGUAUGCUUAACCAAAGAACUCCGUCCCGAAGAAGACGCGGAAAUUCUUCUCUUAGGAUGUGGUGAUCCACGGUCUAUUCUAUUCACAGUUUACCAUGAUCUAGCACCCGAUUAUCGACGUUUGGACGUUACAUGCUGUGAUUGGGAACCAGCGGUCAUUGCACGAAACAUCAUCAUCCUCACAAUGAUAUCAGAUGGCACUCCAACCGAAACUAUAUGGUCCAUCUAUUUUCACCUCUUUUUGGAACCAACGGCAUACGAACAGCUCAUAGCUCAUUGUCGUACACUUAUUCAAUGUUCUUCCGACUUGGGAGCUUGGAAAGUUUCCAAGUACGGUGGUUACAUCCGCUUCUGCACAGAACGGUCUUUUGCCGACGUACGCAGUUAUUGGGUCAAAUAUUCCGAGGUCGAUGUUCUGCCAGAACAAGAGAAGGAAGUCAUCAGGAAAUCUUUUGGGGCCGAAAUGGAAUUGUGUCGGAAACGAUGUCAGAGUGGGAAUAUUUUGAACAGUCUUAGAUCCUCGGGUCCCAUUUGCCCUUUCGUGGACCAGCGUGAAGCCUCGACAUCAUACCCCACAUAUUGGACAACAGGAACCACGGACGAGACUCCCAUCUCCCCUCCGCAUUGGAACCCGACGUUUUACUAUGCAUCCUCUGGAGGCGGUUUCUCUGUUUUCUAUGGGAUUGAGCCACUACCCGCUUUCAACCUCAGUCCUGGCCUGAUUCCUGUCAAAGCUGUAUAUUCGCCUCCUACGCCCAAGAUAAGGGACGUUGUCAAAAGCGCCAAGGGCCAAUUUUACCUUUGGUGCUCUGCCUUCAAGAAGAGGAUAGCUACAGGCCGUGCAUCCAACCUCGUUUUAAGGUUUCAUGUGGGGGAAGCAAUGGCCUUUUCUCGGGCCCUUCUUGUUUGCCAAAGAACGAAGUCCACACAUUCUGGUGCCUACGUUAUGCAAUGGGGUGGGGCGCAGAUUGUCCUUGAUGAUGAUGACUACGCCGGAAAUGGGACAUCUGCUCCGCUGGUUUUCAAUGUCAUCGAUACAUCCAACUUGGCAAACCACCUCGGUAUGCUCAAUGUUUUGACCGCGACAGUGCCAUUGUUGCAGCAGAAACCUUGGGCUACCCUCCAUACUGAUAUCCUUGUACCUCUCGACCUGUCCAACGGUCUGCCUAUAACUACCUUGGCGGAUCAUGUCGGUGAUAUUCCUUCUAUCUCCUUAGCGUUGGGAGUUGCGCCUUCUUCUUCUCUUUCCCAUUUCACGACCUAUUCGAACAAGCACGAGCUCGUAGCAGGAGCAAUGCAUGUCUGCGCACAAACACGGGACCGGGUUGUUUGGAGAGCACCAUCACACGUCGUUUCAGGCUUUGUCAGUAACGAUUUGGCCACUGAUUUGCAGAGACCGGUCAUUCAGAAAUGGCCAGCGAAGGAUUUGGGACGAUAUCUCUUCGCAAUUUAUCUGAAGAUCUUUGACGACGAAAGCCUGGCUUCUCUUGGGACUUUGACCGCUGCCAACCUUAAGAAAAUAUCUUUAAGUCAAUACACCAGAGAAGGCCUGGUCACAUUUAUGGCUUUAGUCAAGGAACGUGUCAAGUCCAACUGGAUUGAUGCUGUGGAGUCGUUUGAUGACCUCCAGGCCGCAGAUCAAACACUGUUAAUGGGGAAUACACAUUAUCAAGACUUUAUUUGCCAACUCUACCUCUACGACGUCUAUGUGAUGGAUAGCAUGAAAUCGGCCUUCCUUGAAAGCUUGCGUGGGCGUAAUAAUCUGUUCCGGGGAUGGAAAGAUAUACCACCUGUCGUUACUGCUAUCCUAAAGGUUCCUCGAAAUCGAAUGAAAGUGCUUGAAGAAAUGAGUCGCGACUCAGUUGGCACGCCUAUCCUACAAUGCGAAAUGCGAAGUGCUCAAUUUCACAAUGUGUAUAGCUCCAUUCGGCCUGUAUUCGGCAAAAUUAUCACAUCCUUGGUUGAUGGAGAAGUGUCAGUUUCUAUUGACGAAGAUCUGCGCGAAUGGGACGGUGAUUCUGACUUAAUUGUCACUUUUUACUUGCAGUCAUGGACUUUGCUUCAGGUUCCACCGGAGGCUGUCGAAAUCGCCCUCGUGUUUAAAUCCACGCCAUAUGCAGUCUCAGCCCUCGCUUCUACACUUGGAAGGCGCCUUUGUAUAUACUCCACAAAGCUUUCUGAUUCGGAAAAUGUUCUUCUUGUCCGCCGUCGCCCCAACAACCCCGAGGAACUAAAUUGUUACCGCGUCCACAAUUCCUCUGCAUCCUCAGCACGAGCUGGGCAAACGGCCUCGAUCAGUAUUGACAUUUCAGUUCCCAAAGUUGCAAGCAUCACGGUCAGACACAAUAUCACAGAUCAUACUGCAAGGGACAAUCUCUUAAGUGGUGUAGCAGUGGACAAGGAGGCCAUUGCUGAUACCGCUAUUCAAGUCUAUAUCGACGAAUAUGCACAUACCUUCGUUUAUCCAUUCCCUAUUCGCACCGAUCUUCUGAAGGUCAGGAUUGCUCGCAAAUCUUCAUAUGUUGAGAUCGAGGCACCAGUUAGGUCCGAUUUUGAAGAUACUAGGAAUCCUUCGAUCAACCUUUUCCCUAUCGCCCGCGAACACAAAAUCAUCAAUCUUCUGAACAUGCACUACGUCAAUCUCGAUACACUUCCUGCACUUCAAAUUCCAUCGCCUCACCACAGACACGACACUUGGCUUAUCCCUCAUCUAGGAAUGACAAUGACUCAGCGCGAGAGGGAAGACGGGAAAUCUCAAGGAUAA